AUCUCAACUGUCAGUUUCGGAAAAAUAUCGGUUUCAAAAUUUUUUGUGGGUACCUAUGUAGAAAAGAAAAUUAUAGAAUAACCAUGCCUGAUUAAAAAUCUUUCAUAUCACUGGGUUCGAAGGAUCAAAAUGAUAAGUGGUUUCCUUAGCACCACCAUGUAUUGUUUUACCUUCUUGGCUCUGAUCGUUAUCGAUUACCUCUUAGGGAACGGUUUUGUAGAUUUCUUUCAAAAGCUUAUGGAUCAAUUGAUCUAUUUUAUACAAAGAUCUAUAUGGGAAGAGAAAAAACAAGAACAGAUAUCGAAGGAUACUGUCAGCUUGUCGAUUUUGGUCACUGAAAUCCUGUUUCUUGGUUUAACUAUAAUGUUCCUGAAUAAAUACAAGCAUUUUCGCUCCAAGGACAGGAUUGAUGAUUUGCUGAAAGAGAGUCGGGAGUCGUUGCGGCAGACCAACGAAUUUCUUGACAAAUGGCGGCUAAGACGGUUGAAUAUGCACUUGCCGGACGAAUACUCGUAUUUAGAUGAAGAGCCCCAGGAGAUCAGGCCUUACAAAUUGGAGGUGCCAAUUCUACACAUGGCUAUUAUAGACACUUUAGGAGCGCGAAAUCAACCAGAAAGUGGUGACGCAGGCGAUCUAACCAGCUACACAGACUCCACUCUCCUCUCCAUGACGUCACUGCUUGAUGAUGAUUUAGAAUCAUUGGAUUUCUGUGAAACUGAUGGAAAAGUUGAGGAAACUAAAGCUCCAAGCCGAGUUCUUUGGGACGUGGCAGAAGAAGAAAGGUGUAAUUUGGACGAAUAAUUCUGCUUUGUUGUCUUGUGUCCUCAUCUAAGUAAAUUAUGAGUUUGUUUC